AUGAGGCCGGUUGAUGACGGCGUUGAGCAUGUCGCGCUGGUCGCGUGUCUCACACGACCUGCUGGACGGGAUGCUGGACGCCGGAUGAUGCCGGGCACCUACCGCUACAAUGGGCGCAAGUGGGCGGCCGCAGUGGUUGCUGGAAAUGGAUUAUCUUGGAAAUGCUAUCUGGUCAUGGAGGCUGAGGCUUGCCUCGUGUCCACUCGCUACCCGAUGCGUUCUUUUCUUCUUCUAGUACUUGCCCUUUGUGCCUCUGCGUCUUGGGUCUUUGAGCAUGACUUUCAGGCGGAGGAACGCUCGUUACUCUUUGGGACUGAUGUCUCGCCACUGAAACGGAGACAGGAGGAGGGCACCGCCUCUGACUCUGACUCCGAUGUCUCCAUUGCUGGUGGUGGGCGUCCCCGACCAACGUCUACGUCUACAAGGACAACAUCCACAAGGACCAGGACAAGAACCAGGUCUACAUCCACAAGCACAAGCACAAGAACCAGGUCUACAUCCACCCGCACAACCACAACCUCAACCUCAACCACAUCUCCACCCCCCUCAACCGGCACCCCCUGCGCAGGCAACACCCCCGACACCCGCAGCGAAUGGUGCGACCACUCCAUCGACACAAACUGGGCCGAAAUCACCCCGGACACCGGCGUGACGCGCGAAUACUGGCUAACCCUGGACGAGAUGACCGCAGCGCCAGACGGGAUCUCGCGCCCCGUCGUCGCAGUCAACGGCACAAUCCCCGGGCCCACGAUCACCGCCGACUGGGGCGACGAGCUGAUAAUCCACAUCAAGAACAACCUGCACGAAACGCUCAACGGGAGCACCAUCCACUGGCACGGGCUCUGGCAGCGCGGGACCAACGAGCACGACGGCGUGGUGUCCAUCACGCAGUGCCCCAUCACGCCCGGGCACGAGUACACAUACCGCUUCCGCGCGCAGCAGUACGGGACGACCUGGUACCACUCGCACAUCAGCCUGCAGGCGUGGGACGGGAUCAUCGGGCCCAUUGUGAUUCACGGGCCGGCGACGGCGAACUACGAUGUUGAUGGCGGCACGGUAUUCCUGAAUGACUGGACGCACCGGACGAUGGAGGAGCUGUUCUGGUAUGCGCAGACGGUCGGCCCGCCGUUGCUCAAUAACUCGUUGAUCAAUGGGAUGGGCGUUUAUGGGUCCGGCGAGAGUCAGACGGGGGAGCGGUUCAGUAUGAAGGUUGAGGAGGGGACGUCGUAUCGUCUCCGCCUGAUUAAUGGGGCCAUUGACACGGUGUACAAGUUCAUGAUUGAUGAGCAUGAGCUGACGGUUAUCGCGAUGGACCUGGUUCCUGUCAAGCCGUUUAAGGCGACGAGCGUGAGUCUUGCUAUGGGCCAACGCUACGACGUAAUCGUAACCGCCAACCGAGACUCCAAAGCCUCGAACUUCUGGCUGCGCACCAUCCCCCAACAAUCCUGCAGCGACAUCGAAGACCCCGGCAACAUCGCCGGCAUCUUCUACUACGGCGACACCCCAGACACGCCCAAAACACAGCCCUUCUCCUUCGUCGACAGCUGCAACGACGAGCCCAUGGCCAGCCUGAUCCCGCACGUCCCCAUGGACGUCCAACCACCCGACUACUACGACAACACGCUCGCCACAAUCGGCUUCAACGAGAAGAACUACUUCCGGUGGCUGCUCAACUCCACCACAAUGCAAGUCUACUGGGACGACCCAACCCUCCUGCAAAUCCUAAACGGCGAGGACACAUUCGCCAACAGCUCAGCGGUGAUCUCGCUGCCGCGCGCAAACGAGUGGGUGUAUCUGAUCGUGAACACGACCCUGCCCGUCUCGCACCCGAUCCACCUGCACGGGCACGACUUCGCUAUCCUCGCGCAGGGCACGAAUCCCUGGGACGGCACGCUGCAGACGUCGAACCCGCCGCGCCGCGAUACCGCCAUCCUCCCGGGCAACGGGUACCUGGUUAUGGCGUGGGAGACGGAUAACCCCGGGGCGUGGCUCAUGCAUUGCCAUAUUGGGUGGCAUACGACGGAGGGGUUUGCGCUGCAGUUUGUGGAGAGGAUCGAUGAGGUCCGGGACAUUGUGGAUGGGGGGUUUGUGGGCGAUGCGUGUCGGACGUGGGGCGGGUAUGAUGAGGAGUUUGGGGUUGAGCAGCAUGAUUCGGGGGUUUGA